UGUUGUUGUCAUUUAGCCAAUAGAAUACAACUUUAGAAAGAGUUAUUAAUACUUUUUACCCAUCAUACAACUAAAAUUUGCGGUAGGAAGAACGUUGUGUUUGUAAUUUGGAAGUAAUUCACUAAAACUGUUGUCUUAGCGGGAAACAUUUACUUUUCAGUGAACAAGUGACAUGGCUCGUACUAAACAGACUGCUCGUAAGUCAACUGGUGGUAAGGCACCCAGGAAGCAACUUGCUACUAAAGCAGCAAGAAAAAGUGCACCCUCUACUGGAGGUGUCAAAAAGCCUCAUCGUUAUAGGCCUGGUACAGUUGCACUCAGAGAAAUUCGUCGUUACCAGAAAUCAACCGAGCUUCUCAUCAGAAAACUACCUUUUCAGAGACUUGUAAGAGAAAUUGCUCAAGACUUUAAAACUGAUCUUCGCUUUCAGAGUGCAGCUAUUGGAGCAUUACAGGAAGCAAGUGAGGCUUACUUAGUUGGUCUUUUUGAGGACACUAAUUUGUGUGCUAUUCAUGCCAAGCGUGUGACAAUCAUGCCUAAAGACAUCCAGUUGGCUAGACGAAUUCGUGGGGAGCGUGCCUAAUUUUAUUUGUAUAAUUUUGAUAUCUAAUAUAUUGGUGACACUGACAUACCAUUUGACAGAAACGCAUUUUAUUUCCUGUCCAUGAUUUAAAAGAAAACUGAUUUUUAGCUGUGAAAUAUCACUAAUUUACAGAAAACAACUCAUAAAAUCUUCAAGAAUUCUCUGAAAAUGCUGGUACUUUUUUUUUAACCACAAUAGUGUGGUCAGGAAAUAAAUUGUUCCACUAGUGUUGAACCUCAACAAAAAAAUGCAGCAGCAUCAAACAUCAUUCAUAAUAUUCAUUAUCCCUUUAAAUUUUUAAUUUUUUUUUUCCUUAGCCAUAAAUCAUUUUGUAUCAUGUGAAUCACAUUUCAUACAAUUUUCUUUUUAUAUACAACUUUGUGUUUGAUUUGAUGUAAAUUCGUAAUUUAUGUUAGAUUGGGCUAUUUUAUUUUUGUCCAUACUAUUAUUUUUUUUUUUAAUUUUUAUUUCUCAAAAAUGUUUAAUUCACCAAUUUUUUUAUUUUAUUUUUUUUUUGUGGACGACAAAGAACUACCCCUUGUUUAUAAACCAUAUAUUUUCAAUAGUAGCUAAAUGUAUUGAUGAAAUAAAUGUUCUAGAAGUUUACAA